CUUACCCCAUUGGACGCCGUCCCCAGUGCGCUUCUGCGCAGUCUGUGGUGGCGUCGUAAUGCCUCGGGGAAAGGGAAGCGGACGGGGACCUGGAAUCGCUGCCUCUGGCUUCCUAUUUUUUUACUAGCAGGAUUUGGUCACUGGUUCUUCACCUUUUGUCUGUUGCACGCGUCCCGCCCUCCCCAUUUGUCUUCCUAGUCCUUGGAUCCAGCCCAGUGGGCGUUCACGUCAGUUCUCUCACGCCGCCGUGAGCCCCCUGUUGGUCCCCGGGCGGGCCUGGCACGGAGGCGGUAACUAUGGAGAAUAUGGCGGAGGAGGCACUGCUAUCCCCGGAGAAGGAGGAGGUGGAGGUGGCCCAGGUCCAGGUCCCGACCCCGGCCCCGGACUCGGCUCGGGUCCCAGCUCCGGCCCCGGAUUCGGCUCUGGACUCGGCUCCGACUCCGGCCUCGGCUCCAGCCCCUGCCCCUGCCCCGGCCCCGGCUCCGGCCUUGUCCCCGUCCCUAGCGUCUGCCCCCGAGGAGGCUGAAAGCAAUGGUCUAGUCAGUCCUUUGAAGCCAGUCAUAACUAGGCAAGAUGAAGAUGUCCAGUCUGAAAUAGAAUUGAAAAUUGAGGAAAAAGUAACAGAAGUUGUAAAAGACCCUCCUAACAUCUUGGACUCAUCUGAUUUAACAAGAGAGAGACACUUCUCAAUUCAAAGGCAGCUCGCUGAUCUAGAGAAAUUAGCUUUUGUAACUGAAGGGGAUUUUGACUCUGCCAAUUCAUUGAGCUCAGAUAAUCUUGAUGCAGGAAAUAAGCAGGCUUGUCCUUUGUGCCCUAAGGAAAAAUUCAGAGCUUGUCAUAGCCAUAAGCUUCGUCGUCACCUUCAGAAUUUACACUGGAAAGUCUCAGUUGAAUUUGAAGGUUACAGGAUGUGUAUCUGUCACUUACCUUGUCGGCCAGUGAAACCAAACAUUAUUGGAGAACAGAUAUCCAAUAAAAUGGGCGCCCAUUAUCAUUGUAUCAUUUGUUCAGCAACAAUCACCAGAAGAACUGAUAUGCUAGGACAUGUUAGGCGCCAUGUGAAUAAAGGAGAGACUAAAUCCAGGUAUACUGCUGCUUCUACUGCUAAACCAUCUAAUGAAAUUUUGAAAGAGGCAGACACGGAUGUACAAGUUUGUCCCAACUAUUCUAUACCUCAGAAAACAGAUUCCUAUUUUAAUCCCAAAAUGAAACUAAAUCGGCAGCUAAUAUUCUGUACAUUGGCCGCUUUGGCUGAGGAAAGAAAACCUUUGGAAUGUCUAGAUGCCUUUGGAGCCACUGGGAUAAUGGGAUUGCAGUGGGCAAAACAUCUUGGAAAUGCAGUCAAAGUUACAAUCAAUGACUUGAAUGAAAACUCAGUGACAUUAAUUCAGGAAAACUGCCAUUUAAACAAAUUGAAAGUGGUGAUGGACAGUAAAGAAAAGGAAAAGAAUGAUGAUAUUCUUGAAGAAGGAGAAGAAAACCUUGGUAAUAUUAAGGUGACCAAAAUGGAUGCCAAUGUACUGAUGCAUUUGAGAUCUUUUGAUUUCAUACAUCUAGACCCUUUUGGAACAUCAGUGAACUAUCUAGAUUCUGCAUUCAGAAAUAUAAGAAACCUUGGCAUAGUGUCAGUGACUUCUACAGAUAUCAGUUCUUUAUAUGCCAAGGCGCAACAUGUUGCCCGGCGUCACUACGGAUGUAACAUUGUCCGAACUGAGUAUUACAAGGAACUAGCAGCCCGAAUUGUUGUCGCCGCAGUGGCAAGAGCUGCGGCACGAUGCAACAAAGGCAUAGAAGUACUGUUUGCGGUGGCUCUGGAACACUUCGUGUUGGUGGUUGUGAGAGUUCUGAGGGGACCUACUUCAGCAGAUGAAACAGCCAAGAAGAUUCAAUACCUGAUCCAUUGUCAGUGGUGUGAAGAGAGAAUUUUUCAGAAGGAUGGUAAUAUGGUAGAAGAAAACCCAUAUAGACAACUGCCCUGUAACUGUCACGGAAGUAUGCCUGGAAAGACAGCAAUAGAACUUGGACCUCUCUGGUCCAGUUCCCUUUUCAAUACUGGAUUCCUCAAAAGAAUGCUAUUUGAAUCUCUUCACCAUGGCUUAGAUGACAUUCAGACCCUAAUAAAAACAUUAAUCUUUGAAUCAGAGUGUACUCCUCAAAGUCAGUUUUCAGUUCAUGCACCUUCAAAUCUCAGCAAGCAAGAAGAAAAUGGUGUAUUUAUUAAAACUACAGAUGAUACCACAACAGAUAAUUACAUUGCACAAGGAAAGAGAAAAAGUAAUGAAAUGAUUACAACUUUAGCCAAGAAGCAAAAGACUGAUGUCAGUACUGAACAUCCUCCCUUUUAUUAUAACAUCCACAGACACAGCAUUAAAGGAAUGAAUAUGCCAAAGUUAAAGAAGUUUUUGUGUUACCUGUCUCAAGCAGGCUUCCGAGUAAGCCGAACUCAUUUUGACCCAAUGGGCGUUCGUACAGAUGCGCCUCUAAUGCAGUUUAAAUCUAUCCUGUUAAAGUACAGCACGCCCACCUACACUGGAGGACAGUCCGAGGGCCACGUCCAGUCCGCUUCCGAAGAUACAGUAACUGACAGGGUUGAAAUGUCAGUGAAUGACAAAGCAGAAGCAAGUGGCUGCAGAAGAUGGUAAACAGAAAAUUUGUUCUCAGGUGUCUGUGUAGAUAGAUGGCCCAGUCGUUCUCUAUACCAACUCUAGUUCUUUUUCUAUUCUUUCAAUUCAGUGGCAUAAAAAUAAAAAACAGUAUUGUUUUCAUUAAGAAAAUUAGCAGUUUCUAACUUAGCUGGUUUGGGAGCUUUGCUUUUUCAGGUUUUUCUUAUUUUAAAGAAAACUUAAAAUUUUAAUGGAUCCAUUUUAUAUGAAGCCAAGUUUCUGAGAUCACCCUACUGUUAAUUUGGAAAUUUUUCACAUGUGAAGUGUUUGGAAUUUUAUGUACAUUAUGGAAGCCAUCUUUUGCUAUUCUUAAUCACAUCUCUACUUAAACGGAUUCAUGAUGUUUCUUUUUCUGUUUAUAGUGCACAAAGUGAAGGUAAAGCCUUUGACCCAUUAAAAUGACUCUGAAUAAAACAGGAAGAACAGUGUUCUUCCAGGUCACUAAUGUAUUUCACAAUUAUAAAGCUAAAAUGUGUUCCCAUUUUAAGAAAUCAUACUUCUUCCCACAUUGAUCUUUUAUUUCUGGCUUUUGAGAAACUAAAUACUUGCCUAAGAUAGAAAUACAUUUCUUUACAAGUUUAAGGUCUAGAUGACUAAGCUUCAAGAUUUUGUCAAAAUAAAUUUAGACCACUGUUCUAAUAUAAUAAAUAGUUGUUCACAAGCACUGAAACCCUGAAAAAGAAUAAUUCUGUUACAAAUUAAACAGGUUGGGUGAUCUCAGGUACCACCUCGGAUAAUGCACGUACAAUACUCAUUUGCUUGGUUGUACUACCUCUCAGAAGUAAAAUCUGUCACCUUAUGAAGUGAGGGUUUUUUGAUUUGAGGGUUGUUUUUUUUUUGUUUCUUUGGUUUGGUUUUUUGGGUUUUGUGUGUGUGUUUGUAUAAAUUUUUUGUGUAAGUAGCCCAAGCUAACGUAACUAUAAAAAUUAGUUGGAAAAAAAAUCUUGUCUCCAUUAAUUAAUAUCAUUUUUGCUUCAUUUACAUUUAAGAUUUUAGAUGAAA